CAUGUAUAUAUAUAUAUAUAUAUAUGUAUGUAUAUAUUUGUGUGUGUGUACAUGUACGUAUACAUCUUUAGCUUGAAAACUUUCCUAACUUCGAUUUACAUAUAUUGAUUCAAACGUGUGGAAGCGUUCGACACGAGCGAACGACCUCUUCUCUCUCCAUCGUGUCGUCUUCCGUGAAACUUAUAGUCUCCUUGAUCUUUGGAUAUGGUCAGGGAAAUACCAGAGGAGGAUAAGAUCUCUACUAUUACCGGUAAUGUCAACGUCGAUGAACCCGCCGACUAUGAAAGAGCUAUAUCGUUUACUGGCUAUGGGCUGUUCAACGUAUUACUCUUCAUGGCAGCAUUGCCAAUCGCAUGGACCGGUGCCUUUGACACGACAUCACCGGCAUUUCUUUUAGCGUCAGCCGAAUGCGACUUGCAACUUACAUUUUUUCGAAAAGGAGUACUCAUAGCGAUUCCCUUCAUAGCAAUGCUGGCCACUGCCUCGUUGUGGGAUUACGUGACGAUUUACGUAGGUAGAAGGACCUUGUUCGUUCUUGGCUUACUAGCGGAUUCCAUCCUAAAUAUACUAAGCACCGCUGUAGAUUCGUACCAUGUGUUCUUACUCAUCAAAUUUAUCAGCGGCGUCAUAGUCGGCGGUCCACUCUCGAUGGUGAUGGGAUACUUAACAGAAUUUCAUUCUGCAACGUAUAAAGCACGUUUCGCCGCCUGGUCUGGUUUUCUCUUUUCCAUGGCAACUAUCGUACCAGCAGCUUUGGGUUUUACUAUACUACCCUUAGACUGGGAGGUCGAUGUAUUCGGUAAAAGUUAUAACAGCUGGCGAAUUUACUUAUUGCUUUGUUCGAUACCACCUGUUCUCGGACUUGUCACUGCUAGCAUGUUACCUGAAAGUCCAAAACACCUGAUGGAAAUUGGAAGGCAGGACGACGCAUUAAAACUAUUUCGUAGAAUGUACACCAUGAACACAAGAAAGCCGGCCGAUACAUUCUCGAUAAAAGCGUUGGUCGUCCAGAAGGCGCAAUUACCACGGCCGACGUUAAAGGCGAGCCUCGAAAAAAUGCGAAUCGACCUUUACAACACGAAACUCUUGUUCUCGGCGCCUUAUCUGCCGGCCUUCUCCUUCUUAACUUUUCUACAAUUUGGAAGUAUGCUAGGUUUUAAUACUAUGAGAUUGUGGGUCCCACAUAUGUUCAUGAUUUUAAGCAACUAUGAUUACGAGCAUUGGAAACCUGUCGGAAGAGCUCCAACGAUGUGUGAAAUGUUGGAUCGUCAUGCCGCUAAACCAGGCAGACCAUAUUUAAAUUGUACAAACUUUGACGAUGCAUGCUUCGAGUGGAGUAUCAAUCCUGUCGUUUAUCAAAAUUCAACGAUAAUUGCAUCCUCCGCCGUUCUAUUUAGUUUUCUUAUAGGAUUUAUAAUGACGACGAGAUUACGAAAGAAAAUGAUAUUAUUUGCGGCCUUCCUGAUAUCGCUGGCAAGCAGUUUUGGAAUAAAUUGGGCACAGGCACCUCCCUAUAUGCUGACGUUAGCAGCCGCCGUUAUCGUGACAUCAAGAAUAGCGAGUAAUGUCGUUAACGCGGUGAAUGCCGACAUUAUUCCUAUCCCGUUAAGGGCCACCAGCAUGAGUAUCAUCACGUCCUCCGGAAACUUAGGAGUUGCAUUGGGGAAUGUUAUUUUCUCUGCUCUUCUUGAUUUGGAAUGUCUCGCAGCUUUCCUCGGUCUGGGCUGCUUUUUUAUAAUUUGUCUACUCGUAACGUUCCUAUUUCCAAAACCGGUAAGGGCAUCGCCACAGAAUUUAGCGUAGCACGAGAUCGUACGUAAGAUUAGACGAAAAAGAUUUAUACCUAUGUUGUGUUUUUGGAAAACGAGAUACAUACAUAUCCACAUA